CCCCACCCCUCUGGCAGAACCAGGAAGUCCCUCCCCUUCCCACAAACUCUCUUCUGAGGAAACGAAACUGAUCUGAGUCUCUCUGUCGUCUGUCUGUGUGAGAGUGAACAACCGUCCAAAUGGCUCAACAGGGAGUUCUGCUGGACCAGGACCAGUUCUGUUGUUCUGUCUGUCUGGAUAUACUGAAGGAGCCGGUCACUAUUCCCUGUGGACACAGUUACUGUAGGAGCUGUAUUGAGGGCUGCUGGGAUCAGGAUGAUCUGAAAGGGGUCUAUAGCUGUCCUCAGUGCAGACAUACCUUCACUACAAGACCUACGUUGAUGAAAAAUAACAUGUUGGCAGAGGUGGUGGAGAAACUGAGGAAGACAGGACUCCAGGCUGCUCCCCCUCCUGCUCUGUGCUCUGCUGGACCUGGAGAUGUGGCGUGUGAUUUCUGCACAGGGACCAGAAAGCAGAAAGCCCUCAUGUCCUGUCUGGUGUGUCUGGCCUCUUACUGUGAGACUCACCUCCAACCUCACUAUGAAUUUCCUGCUUUCAAGAAGCACAAGCUGGUCAAAGCCACCGCACAACUACAGGAGAAGAUCUGCUCUCAUCAUGACAAACUGCUGGAGGUUUACUGUCGUACCGAUCAGCAGUGUAUCUGUUAUCAGUGUGUGAUGGAUGAACAUAAAGGCCAUGAUACAGUGUCAGCUGCAGCAGAGAGGACUGAGAAACAGAGGCAGCUGGGGAUGAGUCAGCAGAAGGUCCAGCAGAGAUUCCAGGAGAGAGAGAAGGAGCUGAAGGAGCUCCAACAGGCUGUGGAGUCUUUCAAGCGCUCUGCACAGUCAGCAGUGGAGGACAGUGAUCAGAUCUUUACUGAGCUGAUCCGCUCCAUUGAGAGAAGGAGCUCUGAGGUGAAGGAGCUGAUCAGAGCCCAAGAGAAGGCUCAAGUGAGUCAAGCUGAAGGACUCCUGGAGCAACUGAAGCAGGAGAUCGCUGAGCUGAGGAAGAGAAGCACUGAGCUGGAGCAGCUCUCACACACAGAGGAUCACAUCCAUUUCCUCCAGAGGUAUCAGUCUCUCUCCAGUAUCAGUGUAUCUUCAGACUUACCCAGCAUCGUUGUCCGUCCUCUUCAGUCCUUUGGAGAUGUGAGUCAGACUGUGUCUGAACUGAGAGAGAAACUAGAAGACUUCCUUAAAGGAGUUUGGACCAAGAUCUCCACUACAGUGAAUAUAGUGGAUGUUGUACUGCCUCCAGAGCCCAAGACCAGAGAACAGUUGUUACAAUAUUCCUGUCAGCUCACACUGGACCCAAACACAGCACACACACGCCUCUCUCUGUCUGAAGGGAACAGAAAGGUGACCUGUACACUCCUCUCUCUGUCUAAAGGGAACAGAAAGGUGACACGUACAGACCAAGUCCAACCAUAUUCUGUCCAUCCAGACAGAUUCACCAACUACUGUCAGGUUCUGUGUAGAGAGGGUCUGUCUGGACGCUGUUACUGGGAGGUGGAGAGGACUGGUGGUGUUAUUACAGCAGUCUCAUAUAAAGACAUCAGCAGAACAGAGAGAGAUGGUGCAUUUGGACUCAAUAACAAGUCCUGGAGUUUAUUGUGCUCUAGAGGUGGUUAUUGUUUCAGACACAAUCAUGUUGUGACUAAAGUAUCAGGCCCUCAGUCCUCCAGAGUAGGAGUGUACCUGGAUCACAAGGCAGGUACUCUGUCCUUCUACAGUGUCUCUGACACAAUGACCCUCCUCCACAGAGUCCAGACCACAUUCACUCAGCCCCUCUAUCCUGGGUUUGGUCUCUAUGAUUAUAAUGAUACUGCUGAGCUGGUUAAACUGUAAACUGAUUUGUUAUUAAUUAAAAUUCAAUGCAAUGUUUUAAUCUUGUACAUUUCCAUGAAUCAUGAUGUCUGGUGUUGAUGUAUAUUGGUUGUCAUUCAGAACCGUUGAUAUGUUUUCUCAGUUGGUUCUCUGUCUCUAUGUAAUUCUCCUCAGUAUCAUUGAUCAGCUUGUUGGCUCGGUCCUAAUUGAUGUGUUCUCUGUCACCUGGAGCUGCAUGGAAAAUGGUCCAGGAACUAAAGGACAAUUCAGGACUAGUCAGCCCACUACAAGCUGGUAUCACUUCCUUUCUACUAAACUAUAUGGUCUGGUUUCCCAGACACAGAUGAAUCCUAGUCCUGGACUAAACAGCAGUAUGUUCAAUGUAGAUGUCCAGGAAACCGGCCCUAAAUGUGUCAUCUUUCAUCCUCCCAUACUGCUCAGUCCAGCAACAUUAAACCUGUCCAGCAGGUGGUGCUGUUGACCAAACAAUAAAACCAGCAGAUAUCUUGACUUGCCACUCAGUAUAUCAGUAAUGUUCAGAAUAGUACUUUAAUAUCAUUGGAGAUUGAUGGUCUUUUUAAUCCACUAUCCAGAGUCAGGAACAGAUGAAGUUAGGUCUGCUACUGUUCAGUGAUUAAAUAUGAUUUAUGGUGAUGGGAAAUAAUAAAAAACACUCAACUUCA